CCCCGGCCGGCCAGGUACGAUUUUAAUGUCAGCUGAGUUUUCAACAUUCCACUGCUCGUGCUAUUUCGACCUCAAGCUGUUCACAAAAGUUAUUUUUGUUUUCUCCAUCGCUGCUUGAAGUAGGUGCAAGUGCGGUCAUUGACUGAUCUUCAUUCUGUUCCAAGAUGGCAUCUUCAUAUUACGACACUGUCGUGUCCUACGCAGACUUGUACGACACCAUUCCUAUGUACCCACUGUUCGAGUUGAGCCACUACAUUCUCAUGAUUCUUGCUGUGAGGAGUGACUUUCGUAACGGUUCUAAGCAUCUAGCCCAGACCAACCCCCUGGUGUGCUGGUUCUGUAGUAUGCUAAGUAGCUUUGCAGGAACAUUCAUGGCCAACUUUCUACUUGGUCAGCCAAUACUGGCUCCGUUUAGUAAUCAGUUCAACAUUGGAUUGGCAACGGCUGUGUGGUACCUCAUCUUCUACUGCCCGGGAGACAUCUUCUUCACUAUUGUGUCUUCGUUUCCCGCCCAGCUUGUCUUCAUCCCGCUCAAGGAAGUACUACGUAUGAGAAAGAUUGCAGCAGGUGUGGCGCAGGCCGCUAUCGUGUACCCAAGUAGCUUCUUGGUCAUGCUGAUCAUUGGCACAGUCAAAGGAACUGGCAGUUUGCAAAUGAGGAACAUUGAGAGGUUGCUACGGGGAUCCACCGGCCCUUCAUCCAAUCAGCUGACAACACCAUCCAUCACCAUGAAGGCUGCGAUCAUUAUCAGCCUUCUGAUGGUUCUACAGCGCUACGCCAUCUUGCCCAUCCCACUCGUCUUAUUACAACUCUGCUGCAUGAUGGUCCUCACCACCGUCAAGCUUUCAAUGCUGUUUGGCAUGCGGGAUCCGUUCGAGCCAGUAGAGGGCGUGCUCCGUCCAGUCCUGUUCGGUAAGAAACCCAAGGAGUCUGGAGCUGCGAAGAAGGCCAAAGAAACCGAGAAUAAGAACAAGAAAGAGUGAGUCCGGUCAGAGGUCAUCUGGAAAGUCAGGGGGAGGAUAUCUUGCAAAAAAGACGGGUUGGCCUUUAAGGUGUCGUACUUUUUACACAAGGUAACAUAAUCAAAAUGAGGCUGGGUGUGGAAAUAGGAUGGAUAUUGUAUUCAGCAGAAACUUUCUCAGGGGACUAUAUAUUGUAUCAUUAUUGACAAUUUGGCCUUUAAAUCUGUAUUAAGUUGACAAAACAAGGACUAGAAAUCAAAAAAGGGGUAUGUCUACAACUCAGUACUAACUCAAUAUUUGUUUUUUCAAAUUUCCACAAAGUGAUGUAUGUGUUUAGGAACUUAUUCCUAAUUAAAACAUAGGCAUUGUAGUACUACAAACACAUAGACAGUUCUGUACAAACACUCUGCUAGAGUCAAACGUCACACCAAUGUUUAGUUUAACUAAAAAAGGGUGGUUGCAAACUAACUUUAAAGAUAACCAUUAACAAUCAGCCAAAACAUUUUGUGUUUUUCUUUUUAUUGUACUAUUAUAAUAUUAGUUGGUUUGUUUUAAAAUCAAUUUUGUGAGGGUUACAUUGUUUGUUGCCUGUCAAUUUGCCAAGUUUCCAUCAAGGCUGUCAAGCAUAACCAACCCGCUUAUAAAACGCUCAGAAUACUUGUUAAACAAUUGUUUAUGAAAGAUUGUCUAUCACCACAGGGCCGAACAGCCACUACCUCAAAUAUAGGGCUACACUUUGCUGACAUUCAAGAGAACUGCCACCAGGGGCAGGUUGCCACCUACUCCUGGGGCUAAAACAUUAUUACCCCUGGGUAAUCAUCCACUAGGAGCAUGCAUGGCUGGAAGAGCAGAAUGCACUACCUUCCAAACUUUUUACAGAGCAGUUAUGGCCGUCGAUUUCACAAAACCUCUUCCUAACUUAAGACUAGCUUUAGGACUUAGGACGAGUCCCAACCCUCCAC